CCAGGAGGUAAAUAAUAUUGCUACCUCUGAACAUUCAAUCGCAUGCCAUGCCGUUAGAGCGCGACCGCGAAGGCCGAACCUAUGUCGUGCACCCCAACAACCAACGCACUCACUAUAUCUGCAACGACUUCACGGAUCACUGGAAACCUCGAGAGACGAUUCUGAUACAGCACGGCUUUGGGAGACAUGCCGAAUUCUGGGAUCAUUGGAUUCCCGCUCUGUCACGAAAGUAUCGAGUAAUUAGACGAGAUCUUCGAGGUCAUGGGCACUCCAGCUAUCCAUCACCAGCAGAAAAAAGCAGGUAUGAAUACACGUUAGAUACGAUACUCGGGGAGAUAGUCGACACACUCGAUCAGCUUGGGGUUGAGAAAGUCCAUUUCCUCGGCGAAUCGACCGGCGGAAUGCUGGGCGAGGCACUUGCGGCGAAACAUCCUGAGAAGUUGCUGAGCUUGACAGUGUGCUCAACACCGACGCAUCUUCCUCCAACAGCGCUAAAGCUCUUCGCUUUCAAUAAGAAGAAUUGGGCGACCGCAUGUCGAGAACUCGGCUCGAGAGGCUGGGCGGAAGCGCUUUCCCGCAUUCCGGGAACAAUCCCUAUUUCAGAUCCUGAAUAUCUUACUUGGUACUUGAGCCAGAUCGCAAUCAGCGAUGGCGAAGGGCUGGCGCAAUAUGCAGAAUUCUUGAGUACGCUUGAUGCGCGGCCAUUUCUUGACAAGAUUAAGAUUCCAACGUUCAUCCUGGCGCCGACACAAAGUGCUGCGGUGACAGUCGAGGGGCAGAAGAAACUAGAAGAGAGCAUCGCAGGGAGCAGGCUUGUGUUUGUUGAAGGAGGCGGGCAUGAAAUUUACGUCACGCAGGCCGAAAAGUGCCAGGAAUAUUUUCUUGAGUUUUUGGGCUCACUGAGCUCUGUCCGUAGCGUAAAUUGACCGGUUGACCUAGGACUAUGCGUUCCGCUGACGAAGUCUUGCUCGUCGAGCGUGUCUUUGCUCGCCGCUUUGAGCAUCCCAUGUCGUGCCAACCGUCCUCGUAUUUGCUUUCUUGAUUUGCGAGCGGUUGACGCUUGGAGAAAACCGCGGGAGUUUGAAAAAUCGCGACUCGAAACACUUGUAGCAUCUACGUACAAAUUCGAAAGCUGGGUUGCGCCGAUGAGCGCGUAGAUGAGAGGUGUGGCGUCUUCUUCCAGGUGGUGAUGUCUAAGGCUAAUGUGUUGACCAACGAGCGCGUCGCGCCACCACGCUAGCACG